AGUAAAUCUAUUAUAACGAAAAAAGAAGGGGGGGGGGGGGGGGGGGGGGGGGGGGGGGGGGGGGGGGGGGGGGGGGGGGGGGGGGGGGGGGGGGGGGGGGGGGGGGGGGGGGGGGGGGGGGGGGGGGGGGGGGGGGGGGGGGGGGGGGGGGGGGGGGGGGGGGGGGGGGGGGGGGGGGGGGGGGGGGGGGGGGGGGGGGGGGGGGGGGGGGGGGGGGGGGGGGGGGGGGGGGGGGGGGGGGGGGGGGGGGGGGGGGGGGGGGGGGGGGGGGGGGGGGGGGGGGGGGGGGGGGGGGGGGGGGGGGGGGGGGGGGGGGGGGGGGGGGGGGGGGGGGGGGGGGGGGGGGGGGGGGGGGGGGGGGGGGGGGGGGGGGGGGGGGGGGGGGGGGGGGGGGGGGGGGGGGGGGGGGGGGGGGGGGGGGGGGGGGGGGGGGGGGGGGGGGGGGGGGGGGGGGGGGGGGGGGGGGGGGGGGGGGGGGGGGGGGGGGGGGGGGGGUGGGGGGGGGGGGGGGGGGGGGUGGGGGGUGGGGGUGGGGGGGGGUGGGGGGGGGGGGGGGGGGGGGGGGGGGGGGGGGGGGGGGGGGGGGGGGGGGGGGGGGGGGGGGGGGGGGGGGGGGGGGGGGGGGGGGGGGGGGGGGGGGGGGGGGGGGGGGGGGGGGGGGGGGGGGGGGGGGGGGGGGGGGGGGGGGGGGGGGGGGGGGGGGGGGGGGGGGGGGGGGGGGGGGGGGGGGGGGGGGGGGGGGGGGGGGGGGGGGGGGGGGGGGGGGGGGGGGGGGGGGGGGGGGGGGGGGGGGGGGGGGGGGGGGGGGGGGGGGGGGGGGGGGGGGGGGGGGGGGGGGGGGGUUUGUAUGUGGGUUAG